AUGGUUGCUGCAUCAAUCUUAGCCUGUUUCCUCGCGACCACCGGACGUGUUCUAGCCUCGGUAGGUGGCACUGAGAAUGCUUUGGUCUCUCCAAACACUGAGCGUCGCAAUCUGCACCCAAAACCCUAUUCUAAACGGGUGGACAAUACGACUGUGUUAUUGCCUAUUGAUGUUUACAUCCAUGUCAUAACUCCUGGCGACAUCGAAGGAGAGGGAUAUAUCAGCGACGCGGCGCUCAGUGCGCAGAUGGAGGUCCUGAACAAUGCGUUCGAACCUGUUGGAUUUCAGUUCAACCUUGUGAACACAACGCGCACGAUCAACGAGUACAACAAUCUCUUAGAAGCACGUCCGUCUGAACGAGAGGUAUCGGCAGCUCUGCGCCAGGGCGAUCUUGCUACGCUGAACAUAUACAGUAUGGGUGUCGUCAACACGACAGAGACUGCCUGGGCGACGCUCCCUGCCUCACAGGCAUCUUACGAUGGCGUCUUCCAGAACAACACAGCAUUCCUAGGGGGCAGUCGCCCUCUCAAUGAGGGAAUUACGCUUGUCCACGAAGUCGGUCAUUGGUGUGGUCUCUACCAUGUCUUCAACUUUGGCUGCGCUGUGAGCUACGACUACGUCGCAGACACGCCAAACCAGCAAGCACCCGAUGUCUCAGGUGGAUGCGACAUUGGACGCGACUCAUGUCCUGACCAGCCUGGUCUAGAUUCCAUCCACAAUUACAUGUCGUACUCGGACGACUAUUGCCGGUACGAGUUCACGCCCGGACAGAUCCAGAGGAUGCGAGAGCAAAUGGCCAAAUUCCGCGGUGUCGUGUAUCCUGGCAUCGACGUUGAUAACAUCCCUGAAGACUCGGUUGAGAUCCCGCCUCCAGAAGAGUAA